AUGGUCUUGUUGCUGUUGCGAUGGGUAAGAAGGGGGAGACUGUCCUGCCUGUUGGCUACUGAAGAGCUUUCUCUUGCUCCUGAGCCAGCACAGCCAUCACAGAGAGUAACGUUGAAGCUCGUCAGUAGUUUGGCAUCCCUGCUGAGACACUGGACAGUCCGACGGUUGGACCUGACUGAGUUCUGCGUCCCUGCUCAGUGUCUCAUAACGCUGCUGCUUCAUGAUGCUCCUCUAACAAUCAAACUGAGUCCAGAGAAUGUCCAGCAGCUACUGGACCUCCUCCAUGAAGUCCAGGACAAGGCCUUGACAUUGUCCUUCUUGACUAAGGUUGGUGGAGACCUGACCUCCUGCUCUCUGACCUGGGAGCAGCUUCACUAUGUGCUGCAGCAGUCGUCAGCUCAGACCAUCACUGUGAACCUGAGGAAGAACCAGUUCUUACAGGAGAGCGUCACACGUCUGCUUCCCUUCCUGGACAGGAUUUCAUUUAAAAGGUCCAGUCCCAGCUUUGUGAAGCAGGCCAUCACUGAGGUGUAUAAAGCACACGCCAGCCAGCUCAUACCCAGUUUACUGAGAUCAUUCGAUCAGGUGAUCAGCCUGACCUGCAGAGAGCUGGACUCAGUGGACUGUGCUGCUGUGCUCUUCACCCUCAGACACAGUGUCAGAGUUAAACUGAACCUGGUGUGGACCUCCAUACCAGCAGGGGAAACAGAGUCCUUCCUCUUCUCACUGGACAAAGUUUCUCAGCUCAGUGUUGACAGGAAUCUGCUGCUGAGGUUCAUCCACUGCUGUGCUGCCUGUGACGCCCAGCAGGAGGCAGCAUCAGGCCUGCUGAGGACCACACAGCACAGGCUGGAUCUGUCCUGCUCCUCCUGUGUGGAGAUGUCAGAGCAGGAUCAGACUGAGACUCUGCGUCUGACGGCUAACGACUGCAGAGCCGUCUCCACCAUCCUGAGACACAGCAGCCAGGACAUACAGCUCGACCUGCGAGACUGUGAGGUGGAGGACCACGGACUGGAUCUGCUCUUUCCUGUCUUAGACAGAGUCCGCCUCAGAGCCAGUAAAGCUGUCAUCCUCCAGCUGGUGUCCCUGGUUCCUGUGAUCAGUGAGAGGGACACGGUGAGACGGGCGGUGUCCCUGUGUGAAGCCCUGGGUAGAGAGCUGGACCUCAGUCACACCACAGUGGAUCAGAGGGCCUGUGGAGCUUUGGCCCGGAUGCUGGAGUUCUCUGAUGGACUGACGGAGCUGGACCUCAGUCACUGUCAGCUCACUGACCAGCUGCUGCUCACACUCAUCACACAUCUGCACAAAGUCCAAGUCCUGGAUUUGAGUCACAACAAGAUCACUGAUGUUUCUACUGACAAGUUACUCCAGCUGGUCUCCAUCAACCCUUCCACUGAGACUGUGCGACUCUUCAGUAACAACAUCAUGGACAGAGCAGCUUUUCAGAAACACAAGCACUUUGAAAUAUGGUGAACCAUCCGUCAGUCAGGCGACAGCGUGACGUUCAGGGAAAAACUGUUUUG